GGGUCCCACCUGAGAACAGCGCCAUUCCAACCCCAAUAGUCCGAAAAUGGAAAGAGAUGCGAAAUUUGUACAUCGUUUUCGCCAACCGCGAUGGGGCUCCCAAGGCAACGACGCACCGUCUGACACCCACGGAGCGUCAUAGCUGACAAAUGGACCUGCGUAUGAUGAAAGGCGGGGAUCAGCAGUAGCAAGGUGUCCUCGCGUCUGGUAUGUAUAUAGCGAAGCGUGGAAGCUCAAACUGUCUUUUCUUUGGCCCCGCACUUCUGCUCUUCGCUCCCUAACAAACGCGUGCUAUGCCUUCGAACACAGGCUCUUCCCGCUGGCGGCAUCGUAUCUGUACGGUGACUACCUCAUCAGGAGAGCCAAUCCGCCUCAACUACAUUGACUGCCCUCCUCCCUCUUCCGUCGACUACAAAGGCGUCAUCCUCCUCAUCCACGGAUUCCCCCAAACAUCGUACCAAUUCCGCCAUGUCAUCACACCGAUAUCCGACGCCGGAUACAGAGUCAUCACCCCCGACUAUCGCGGAGCUGGGAUGUCGUCCAAAUCUAUGGCUGGAUAUGAGAAAUCCCAAAUGGCUGAAGACCUGCAUAUCCUCAUCCAUGCGCACCUGGGCAUCAAAGAGAAGAUCCACGUCUUGGGCCACGACAUCGGCGGCAUGAUCGCCUUUCCUUACGCAUGUCAGUAUGUGGAAGAUGUCGCGAGCCUUAUAUGGGGUGAGUGCCCGCUCCCGGGAACGAGCAUCUACGAGAACGUCAAGGGAAUACCGGAUGUCUUCCACUUCGUCUUCCAUCGGAUUCCGGAUCUACCUGAAGCGCUGAUUGCGGGGCGUGAACGCGAAUACCUGAAGCAUUUCUUCGAUAAGCAAAUGUACAACAGCGCUGCGAUUGGACCGGCUGACUUGGAGCACUACACGCUUUUGUACUCUCAGCCUGGGGCGAUGAGAGCCGCGCUGGAGGUGUACCGAGCAUUUGAGAAAGACGCAGAGGAGAACAGGAAGUGGUUGGCGGAGAACGGGAAACUGAAGGUUCCGAGCUUGUUGAUGACGGGAAACGAGUUUUUGCUGGCGCCGCAUACGGGUACUAUGAAGGAUGAGGUGCACGAGGCGGAGACCGCGGAGGUGUUGAUGGUAGAAGGAAGUGGUCAUUAUAUUGCGGAAGAAAACCCGGAGGCAUUUGUGAAGGGAGUUUUGGGAUUUGUUGGGAAGCACGGGUAGGAUGGUUCCUUUUCUUCAUCGAAACCGUUCGCGCAUUCAGGACGAGUAUUCCUGUUCCGUGCACAGGGCUUUCAGAACCGAACACUACCUCGAACAUUCAUUGCUUUUUGUUCUCGGACCUUCACACGUGUUCUCCAAUUGCAAUUUUAAAGGGCUUCCUCACCACGAUUACGUCGCCGUCUGGUUUAGAUAGAAUUGGGUAUUGUGAAACCGCUCUAUCGCUCGGGCGAACUGAGUCUAUG